AUGAGCGGCGGCGGCGGCGGCGCGGCGCCCGGCCCGGGCUCCUCCCCGGCCGCCUGCCGCUUCGCGCACUACUUCGUGCUGUGUGGGAUCGACGCGGACAGCGGGCUGGAGCCGGACGAGCUGGCGGGUGAAAACUUUGACCAAAGUCCUUUGAGAAGAACAUUCAAAUCCAAAGUUCUGGCCCACUAUCCUCAGAACAUAGAGUGGAACCCUUUUGAUCAAGAUGCAGUCAACAUGCUGUGCAUGCCCAAAGGGCUAUCAUUCAGGACACAAACUGACAAUAAAGACCCUCAGUUCCACUCAUUUAUAAUUACCCGGGAAGAUGGUUCUCGCACCUACGGUUUUGUCCUCACUUUUUAUGAAGAAGUUACAAGUAAGCAGAUCUGCACAGCGAUGCAGACACUGUACCAGAUGCACAAUGCGGAGCAUCCCAGUAGCGUGCAUGCUUCCUCCUCCUGCAGCAUGGACUCCCUCGCCAGCAGCUUCGAGGAGGGCGACACAACCUCCCUCCUGAAACUCCAGCGGUACAACUCCUACGACAUCAACAGAGACACCCUGUAUGUUUCCAAAAGCAUUUGCCUCAUCACCCCGCUCCCCUUCAUGCAAGCCUGCAAGAAAUUCCUGCUCCAGCUUUACCAGGCAGUUACCUCCCAGCAGCCACCACCCUUGCCACUUGAGAGCUACAUCCACAAUAUUCUCUAUGAGGUGCCCCUUCCACCUCCGGGGAGGUCACUAAAAUUUUAUGGCGUGUACGAACCUGUCAUCUGCCAGAGACCUGGGCCCAAUGAACUCCCGCUCUCCGAUUACCCUCUGCGAGAGGCCUUUGAGCUCCUGGGACUGGAGAACCUGGUGCAGGUGUUCACCUGUGUUCUUCUGGAGAUGCAGAUCCUUCUCUAUUCACAAGAUUAUCAGCGCCUGAUGACGGUGGCAGAAGGCAUCACCACACUUCUGUUCCCGUUUCAGUGGCAGCACGUGUAUGUGCCCAUUCUCCCUGCGUCUCUCCUGCAUUUCCUUGACGCCCCUGUCCCGUAUCUGAUGGGCCUUCAGUCGAAAGAAGGAACUGACCGUUCUAAACUAGAGCUGCCUCAAGAGGCGAAUUUGUGCUUUGUGGAUAUUGACAACCAUUUUAUAGAGUUGCCUGAAGAAUUUCCACAGUUCCCCAAUAAAGUAGAUUUUAUCCAAGAACUCUCUGAAGUUCUUCUUCAAUUUGGGAUCCCUCCGGAGGGCAGCCUGCAUGGCAGUGAGAGCGCCACCAGACUGAAGAACCUGGUCCUGAAAGACCUGGUCAACGACAAGAAGAACGGCAAUGUCUCCACUAAUAACAUCAGCAUGUACGAGUUCCUGAGGGGCAACGAAACCAUGGCCCGCCUGCAGGCUCUGGCCAAGCGGACCGGCGUGGCUGUGGAGAAGGUGGACCUCUCUUCGCUGGGGGAGAAGGAGAAGGAUUCCAAACUGCAGUGUGAAGACGCAGAGCUGAGGGACUACCAGCUGAACGUGCAGCUCCGGGAGGUCUUCGCCAACCGCUUCACCCAGAUGUUCGCAGAUUAUGAAGCCUUUGUCAUUCAGACUGCCCAGGACAUGGAGUCCUGGCUCACCAACCGGGAGCAGAUGCAGAACUUUGACAAAGCUUCCUUUCUAUGUGACCAACCUGAGCCUUACCUGCCAUUUCUUUCACGCUUUAUUGAAACUCAGAUGUUUGCCACCUUUAUUGAUAAUAAAAUUAUGUCUCAGUGGGAAGAGAAAGAUUCUUUGCUUCGGGUCUUUGACUCUCGGAUCGAGAAGAUAAGACUGUAUAAUGUAAGGGCGCCCACCUUGCGGACAUCCAUGUAUCAGAAAUGCAGCACUUUAAAAGAAGCAGCCCAGUCAAUUGAGCAGAGACUGAUGAAAAUGGAUCACACUGCAAUCCACCCACAUCUGCUUGAUAUGAAAAUUGGUCAAGGCAAAUACGAGCAAGGAUUCUUCCCAAAGUUACAGUCCGACGUCUUGUCCACAGGACCCACCAGUAACAACCGCUGGGUGAGUCGCAGCGCUGCCACGCAGCGCAGGAAGGAACGUCUUCGCCAGCACUCGGAGCACAUCGGGCUGGACAGCGACUUGCGGGAGAAAUAUAUGCAAGAGGCACGAAGUUUAGGAAAAAACAUGAGGCAGCCCAAGCUGUCAGACCUCUCUCCGGCAGUGAUUGCACAGACUAACUGGAAGUUCGUAGAAGGCUUGUUAAAAGAAUGUCGGAUGAAGACAAAACGCAUGUUGGUGGAGAAAAUGGGCCACGAAGCUGUGGAGCUGGGCCACGGAGAAGCAAACCUCACCGGCUUGGAGGAGAACACCCUGAUUGCCAGCCUCUGUGACCUGCUAGAGCGAAUAUGGAGCCACGGCCUGCAGGUCAAGCAGGGGAAGUCAGCUUUGUGGUCGCAUUUAAUUCAGUUUCAGGAUAGAGAAGAGAAACAGGAGCACCUUGCAGAAUCACCAGUUGCCCUGGGACCAGAAAGAAGAAAGUCUGACUCGGGGGUCAUGCUCCCCACACUCAGGGUCUCACUGAUCCAGGACAUGAGGCAUAUUCAGAACAUGAGUGAGAUUAAGACUGACGUUGGCCGGGCUCGGGCGUGGAUAAGGCUGUCUCUAGAGAAGAAGCUCCUGUCACAGCAUCUCAAGCAGUUACUCUCUAACCAGCCCCUCACCAAGAAGCUUUACAAACGUUACGCUUUUCUGCGUUGUGAGGAAGAGCGCGAGCAGUUUCUCUACCAUCUUCUGUCCCUCAAUGCCGUGGACUAUUUCUGCUUUACCAGCGUGUUCACCACUAUCAUGAUCCCUUAUAGGUCUGUGAUCAUCCCCAUCAAAAAGCUGAGCAAUGCCAUCAUCACCUCAAACCCCUGGAUCUGUGUGUCCGGAGAACUGGGGGACACAGGAGUCAUGCAGAUCCCCAAAACUCUUCUGGAGAUGACCUUUGAGUGCCAGAACCUGGGGAAGCUGACCACUGUCCAGAUCGGUCACGACAACUCAGGGCUGUUAGCCAAAUGGCUGGUGGACUGUGUCAUGGUCAGAAAUGAGAUCACAGGACAUACGUACAGAUUCCCCUGUGGGCGGUGGCUGGGGAAAGGCAUUGAUGACGGGAGCCUGGAGAGAAUCCUCAUUGGAGAACUGAUGACGUCGGCCUCUGACGAGGACCUGGUCAAGCAGUGUCGGACUCCACCCCAGCAGAAGUCUCCCACCGCGGCACGGAGACUGAGCAUCACUUCCCUGACGGGAAAACCUGCCAAACCCAGUGCUGGGCAGAUCCAAGAAGGAAUUGGAGAAGCCGUGAACAAUAUCGUGAAACAUUUUCACAAACCUGAAAAAGAGAGAGGAAGCCUCACGGUCCUGCUGUGCGGGGAAAAUGGCCUGGUGGCCGCUCUCGAGCAGGUGUUCCACCAUGGAUUCAAGUCUGCCCGCAUCUUUCACAAGAACGUCUUCAUCUGGGACUUCAUAGAGAAAGCGGUUGCUUACUUUGAAGCCACUGACCAGAUUCUGGACAAUGAAGAUGAUGUGCUUACUCAGAACUCAUCCUGCAGGACCUUCUGCCACUACGUGACCGCCAUCAACACCGCACCCAGGAGCAUCGGGAAGGAUGGCAAAUUCCAGAUUCUCGUUUGCCUUGGAACACGGGACCACCUGCUCCCACAGUGGAUCCCGCUGUUGGCCGAGUGUCCUGCCAUCACCAGGAUGUACGAGGAGAGCGCGCUCCUGCGGGACCGCAUGACCGUCAACUCGCUCAUCCGGAUCCUGCACACCAUUCAGGACUUCAGCAUAGUCCUAGAAGGCUCACUCAUCAAAGGCGUAGAUGUGUAGCCCCGCGGCUGGAAACUGUCCUGACCCCAGCUCCUGAGCCCGCCCCAGCCUCGGGGACCCACCGGAGCUUGUCUGGCUAAGUGAGUCCCUACAAGGGCAGCACACCACACGCCCCAACCUGAACAGUCCUCACUCUGCGGACAAGGCAAAAUGCUGUAUCGUAGUUCACUUGAACCUGAAAUUAGUAUAAAAUAGAGUAUUUUCAUGUGUUAGAUGUGUGUAAAUAUGCUAUCUUCUUUAAGAAAUUAUAUUACUCUACUAAAAUACUUUUCUUAGACUGAAUAUUCCUGUGACUUCAAAUAAGUAGCUUAAAGAUGCUGGGGGUGGGGGGAGGCUUGCUGUGGUCAGGGGGAAGCCACAGAGCUGUGACGGCAGGUGUGCGUUCUCCAGGACUGUGGAGGAGGCAGAGUGCGUCCUGUGUCCCAGCUGUCCAUCCUGGUGUCUGGUGUCUGUCCCUUUGUGCUGUGAGUGUCCACAGCUUUACCUACUGUACCCCAAGUCCUCACUUGUGUCUUUUAAGUUACAGACCGUUUUGUACAUUUGAACUGUCAGUCACUUUUCCAGUCUUUUGGAAAUGUUUUCCAGUUGGCACAAGACUAAGGCAGAACUCCAGUAUUUUAAAUAGUAGCCCCUGGAGCGCGGCUGCUCUGCAGAGAACACAGAAAGCCCUUAGGCCCACUUUGGAAUUGGGAGCCUGGACCAGCCUCAUCCUUGGCGUCGUCAGGCCUGCUCUUGGAGGUGCUCUGGGGAGAUGUGAGUUUGUGUGAGUUGCCCUGAGGUGGCCAUGUCUCCGUGGUGGUCCUGGACCUCUCAGAGAUCACCCUUGCAGGCCCACCCCCCAGCAGUGGGAGGAGGCGGGCUCUAGGAGGAGUAUUUGUUGCCCAUGAUAAUGCAAGUAACAGAAGCAGAGAACAGCCCAUCCUGGGUCCCAGGACAAACUUUGCAUUCCUUUGUGAGACUUGUCCUCACAAGCAGCUGGCCCUGGGGGAGCGGCAGCCACUGACAGUGGAGGCAGGAGGAGCAGGAGUUGAGAGUGGCUUUCCGGUGUGAUAUUUCACAGAGACCUUCAGGAAUUGACACCCUUUGUGUGGGCCCUGUGACUCCUGUCAGGCACUGACUGGUCCCAGGUGUGGACAGAGCCACCCAGAGCCUCCCAGGAUCCUUUUUUUUUUUUUUUUUUUUUUAAAGACUUAUUUAUUUAUUUAUUUACUUGAAAGGCAAAGUGACAGUGACUGGCUCCCCAAAUGCUUGUAACAGCUGAGUCUGGGCCAGGCUGAAGCCAGGAGCCAGGAACUCCACCUGGAUUUCCUCCACGGGUGGAGGAGACUGAAGUGCUUGGUGUUAACAGGAAGCUGCAGUGGAAGCUGUUUGGUCAGGCGCGUAUCAGGCAGACAUGGGAUGCCACCAUCGCAGGCGGGGGCUUCACCCACUGCACCGUAAUGGCUGCCCCUGCCUCCCAGGGCCCUGGCGUAGUCGGAGGCCCAGGGCUCGAGCCAUCUGUGUAACUUACCUUAUUUGCUGAAAGAAGAAACUCACCAAGUCAGUGCCUCCUUCCCUUUGUCAAGCACUGGAGUAGAUUAGGCGGGCAGCACCCCUGUGGCGGCUGCUGGCUGCGCUCAGAUACCUGUGAGGAGGCCUGAAGAGGGCGUGGCCGGCCAGGACAAACCACACAUCUGUUGACUGAAGCGGUGUGGCCCUUCUCUGUUGUGGAGCCAUCCUGAACAUCCAUCCGCUGGGUGGUGAUCAGAGUGAAGGGCUCUGUAAGGUGUGCUUCUGACACAGCUGGGCAGCCAGGGAGACGACCUGGGAGAGUGUUGUGGACCCCAGCCCUGUGGCCCGCCCCAGGUUCCACAGAUGGGAAGGCUUGAGGACCAGAGGGUAAAUUCUUACCCUUACCCCAGCUUGUCAGCGACAACACAGGGAGUAAAAUUCACGGGAUUAGGUCACAGCAGCCUGCAUGAGACCGGCAUUCAGGGCGUUCGCAGUGAUGGUUUCUCUCCUAUUGGCUCUUUCCCAUCUACCUGCACAGGUAGGAGAUGAUGGCUGACGUUCACCCAUGAGGAUUAAUAUUCAUUUUAACAUGCUCCUCUUAAGCUAGAAGGAAUUACAUCUGCUGUGAAAAGCUGGAGCAACGUUGGAUUUGGGGCCUGUGAGUUGAGCUUCUACUCUGAAAAGUAAUAACUUGAGGAAAGGCCCCACCUAGAGUUCCCCCCAGUUUGUGUAGUUCGGUUGCAGCAGCGCGGCGACACGCGCACACGGAAGAACUGGCACCCACUCUGCUGCGCGGGGCCCCCUGGUCACCCUGGAGCCCGUGUGCUGGCUGCCCACAGCCUGUGCCUGAGAACCUUCCCAGUGGCAGUGCAUCCUGAUGUCUCAGAAUCAGUUUAAUAUUUGGAAAUGGCGUGAAGUGCUCAGGAUCCACAGUGAAUGAGUACAGCAGUGUGUAAGCUGCGUUUGGGGCCAUCCAAGCAGUGCGGUGGUAAGUUUUUGUUCUUCCGUGGCUUUUACCUGAGUCAGUAAAGAAAGGUUCUGAGCACGGCGGUAGCAGAAUCCUUAGAAUAAGGAUGAAGCCUUCCAGCUUCAAGCUGACUCUAGGGGGAGGACCAUUCCCUACCUUUAGAAAUAUCCUUUCUGCCAUAUUUGAAAUUAAUGUGUUGCUUUAUAAUUCUAUCUCAAACUUAAGUAAAAGUCAGUUUUAUAAUUGCCUUUUUUUCCUUGCAAAUAAAAUCUGAAGCCUGGGACCACAAUGAGUAUUUCCACAUAAUAAUAGCUUGAGAAGGAACUAUUUUAAAAUUAAGCUGCCAAAAAUACUACACCUGGAAAACUUUGCUUCCCAAGCUUUGUUUGUUUGUUUUUUGUUAAUGUGAAACCCCUGAGCCUUUAUGACACAGUGGCAUUCCUGCAGUGUUGGCGUUUCGUGUGAGGUCCUGUAUCUGUCCUAGCUGGGCCACCUUAAAAGUGAGGGCAGCUUGGUUUGAAGGAGCAGGAAGCGCCCUGUAGGUGGGAGAAAAAGCGUGCUUCAAAAACCGGGAGUAAGGCCACUGCACUCCCGCUCCAGCUCAGAUCUUCACAGAGGGCGCCUGGACUUGUGUAAGUCUGGAUUUCCCUCUAAACUCUCUCUCAGAUGUCCCGCGCAUUCUUGUACCUCGUGUAACCCCGUGGUGUUUGCGCAACGUGACUGAGAAGCCAUAGUGAGCCUCUGUCCCGCGCUGUGAAGGAUGCCGGGAAGCACUGCGCGGCCCCAGUUCCUUUUUUGGCAGCAAAGCUCUGCAGUGUGUGAAUGUAGGUGAAAAGGGAAGCUUAGGACUGCCAGACGCUGGUGUGUCCUGGGAGGGGGGAGCCAGUUAGGAUUUCCAGCAGAUCUUCCUUUAGGGAACUGCAUUUUCUGUGAGGUUUACAGAAGUGUCCCUGUCACUCUGCCGAGGGACGGUCUGCCCUUGAGCUGCGUAUUUCUCAGUAGCAGCACCUUCUCUGGUUGGGAGCAGUCUGAGCCCUGCUCCACUUUUCAUCAAGCAGCUCCUGUUCCCAAGUCCUCUCUCUCUGGAAUCUCUGUUCGUUAAGUGUUUAUUAAAUUCCCACUCAGCAUAAACAGGAGAUGUGGAACAAGUGCAAACUUCUGGGCUCUUCGUUCCUGUUAAAGACACUUCCGAGUCUGUGGAGUCAAGCGGGGUUCCUAGCUUUCUGAAGAGAUAGCUGGUGUGUCCCCAAGAGGACCGGUUAGAGCCGCCGGCCCUCUGAGGGGCCGCGUGAAGACUGGCUUCGGAAAGCCACCGAUGCGCGUGAGAAAAACUCUCCAAGUGUGAUUCUCCUCCUUGAAGGGAACUGGCGUCUCUGGGUUACGCAGGAGGGACACUUUCUUGGUCAGUUGUCUGCGUAGACGCGGGUGUGAACCCAGUCUGUUCUCAGCACGGUGGAGGUGCACAGUGCGUUCCAUUGUCAGUUGUGAGGGUGUGAGCCUUCAGAAGUCCGUGUGACUCUUAAACCAUAUGUAAAUGUUCCCUGUGUGUCUUUUUUUUCUAAAUUACAGUGUGUCUGCAUUUAAAUUAUAUUGUUCUCCUUUGUAUCGUUAACACAUCAGAACUGGAUUUUUUUCCCUCAUCUGAACGUAGUACAAAACUUAAAGAGUAUUGUGAUAUGAAGCACUUUAACAUACAUAUCAGACAAACUGACGUGGGUUUUUCAGGUUUUGGAGUACAUUUAAAUAUGACUUUUCAUGCUUUGUUCUUUACAAAUAAAACUGGGGUUGAUACUU